CUCUGGGCUCGGGCGCGCCGCCCGGGUAGCCCAGGGAGCUGGGCUCGGGCCUCUCCGUCGCCUCAGCUGGGGAGCUUUUCCCUUCGUCCCCAAAGUUUUUGGGUUCGUUGGAAUUUUUGGAUUGAGGACUUUUCUUUUUUUUCCACCUGGGAAUUUGAGGGGGAAACUUGACAAGCGGAUCGCACUUUCCUCUCCGCUAGUUCUCCCCUUUCUUUUUUUUUCGAGCAGCGAAAGGGGCUUACGAGAGAGGCUCCUGCUGGCCAAAAUUUUUCAAAGUUUUCCGAGUGUGAUGGUUGCGGGGAGAUCUGAUCCACCAGCUUGAUUCACGGCUUCAUCUCACCACCCCUCGGGAAGCCCCUAAGCCCGCUAUAAGAGAACAAACAAACAAACAAACAAACAAAAAGUUACACUCCGAGUCGCCUCGUGUCUCCUCUCUCUCCUCCUUUAGGCAAUUUUUUUUCUCCGUUUCUCCGCUCCCCUUGCAGCCUCCACUCCCCUUCCCUCGGCCCCUUCCUCCUCUGUUCGGCUGGAGGUGCCAGGACCCCCGGCCUCAGCCUCCCCUCCCCCGCCGCUCGCGUCCCUUCUCGUCCGGCCCUCCCCUCCCCCGCCGCGGCCAGCACAGCCAAUCCCCCGAGCGGCCGCCAACAUGCUUUUUGAGGGCUUGGAGCUGGUGUCGGCGCUGGCCACCCUCGCCGCGUGCCUGGUGUCGGUGACGCUGCUGCUGGCCGUGUCGCAGCAGCUGUGGCAGCUGCGCUGGGCCGCCACCCGCGACAAGAGCUGCAAACUGCCCAUCCCCAAGGGUUCCAUGGGCUUCCCGCUCAUCGGAGAGACCGGCCACUGGCUGCUACAGGGUUCCGGUUUCCAGUCGUCGCGGAGGGAGAAGUAUGGCAACGUGUUCAAGACGCACUUGCUGGGGCGGCCGCUGAUCCGCGUAACCGGCGCAGAAAACGUGCGCAAGAUCCUCAUGGGAGAGCACCACCUCGUGAGCACCGAGUGGCCGCGCAGCACACGCAUGCUGCUGGGCCCGAACACGGUGGCCAACUCCAUAGGCGACAUCCACCGCAACAAGCGCAAGGUCUUCUCCAAGAUCUUUAGCCACGAGGCCCUGGAGAGCUACCUGCCCAAGAUCCAGCUGGUGAUCCAGGACACACUGCGUGCCUGGAGCAGCUACCCUGAGGCCAUCAAUGUGUACCAGGAGGCACAGAAGCUCACCUUCCGCAUGGCCAUCCGUGUGCUGCUGGGCUUCAGCAUCCCUGAAGAGGACCUCGGGCACCUCUUCGAGGUCUACCAGCAGUUUGUGGAGAAUGUCUUCUCCCUGCCUGUCGACCUGCCCUUCAGUGGCUACCGGCGGGGCAUUCAGGCACGGCAAAUCCUCCAGAAGGGCCUGGAAAAGGCGAUCCGGGAGAAGCUGCAGUGCACCCAGGACAAAGACUACUCGGACGCCCUGGACAUCCUCAUUGAGAGCAGCAAGGAGCACGGGAAGGAGAUGACCAUGCAGGAGCUGAAGGACGGGACCCUAGAGCUGAUCUUCGCAGCCUACGCCACCACGGCCAGUGCCAGCACCUCGCUCAUCAUGCAGCUGCUGAAGCACCCUGCCGUGCUGGAGAAGCUGCGGGAGGAGCUGCGGGCCCAGGGCAUCCUGCACAGCGGUGGCUGCCCCUGCGAGGGCACCCUGCGCCUCGACACGCUCAGUGGGCUGCACUACCUGGACUGUGUCAUCAAGGAGGUCAUGCGCCUUUUCACACCCAUUUCUGGUGGCUACCGCACAGUGCUGCAGACCUUUGAGCUCGAUGGUUUUCAGAUCCCCAAAGGCUGGAGUGUCAUGUACAGCAUCCGGGACACCCACGACACGGCGCCCGUGUUCAAAGAUGUAAAUGUAUUUGACCCUGACCGCUUCAGUCAGGCUCGGAGUGAAGACAAGGACGGCCGCUUCCAUUACCUCCCAUUUGGUGGCGGCGUCCGGACCUGCCUGGGCAAGCACCUGGCCAAGCUGUUCCUGAAGGUGCUGGCAGUGGAGCUGGCCAGCACAAGCCGCUUUGAGCUGGCCACCCGGACCUUCCCUCGCAUCACCCUGGUCCCUGUCCUGCACCCCGUGGACGGCCUCAGCGUCAAGUUUUUUGGCCUGGACUCCAACCAGAACAAGAUUCUGCCAGAGACGGAGGCCAUGCUGAGCGCCACGGUCUAACCAUGUCAAGCCCACACCCCCAGCCUCAGCCCAGCAAGGCCCUGGCUGUGGGGGGUGAUGGAAGGGUAGAAACCUGUGUGUGCAAGGGGGCUGGAACCCAGGGAAGGGGGAGCAGCCCCCAUACCUUGCCCUCCCCCCUUCCCCUCCCUGGCAAACCCUACCCAAAGCCCAGAGGGCCCCAUCCUUCCAAGGAACAGGGGCCCUUCUGGCUCCUGCUUCUCUCCAGUCUCCCCAGCUCCCACCGGCUUAGCCCCUGGGAAAGGGCAUGGCCAGGGGCCCCGCACUCCCGCCGCAGGGUUAAACAUCAGCUGGCUUGUACUGCAGCACUGGCUUGGGAUGUUCUGACCCUGUCCGUCCCCUCCCUGUUCUUCUGGGCCUUCUUACUUUGAGAUCAGGUGGUUGACAUGGGGAAAGGAGCACAGGGAUGCCCCCUUUGGCACUCUCUCAGUGCUCCCUCCCCUCCUGCCUUGGCUCAGACUGGCCAGUGUCCCUCCCGGUGUGGCCACCGAGGAACAGCAUCCUGGGUAACAGAACACAGUCACCCCUGGCAGGGCAGGGGCUGCAGCCAGCCUGGAGGGACCCCACCCCUUUGCCAGUUUGGACAUUUAAAAUUACCUAUUGCUGCUACUUUUUCUCUUCUGACCUUGGGGCAAAGGAGCCCCAGGCCCUGUCCUCCCAGCAUCGCCCCUGGUGGCCCUGGGCACAAGCACUGACAUCCCCACCUGCCCACCAGGCAGCCUUGAGCCCACCCUGCUCCCCACCACACACAUAUCCCCAAGGACCUUGACUCAUGGGCUGCCCCCUGCACACCCCUCUCCCCCAUAUUUAUUCACUGAUAUAACUGAAUCUUGGCUAAACGGGGGUUUGAACAAGCAUCUCUUUGUCCCCUAGCCCCUGCCAGGGACAGGACUUCUGAGAGUGAUGCAGUCCCCAGCCUAGGACUGAGCAGCUUCCCCAGGCUCCAGACCUUUUGUGGUUCAAACUCAGAGCCUCCCUCCUAGGGCGAAAUCCAGCACCUCUGCCUUUAUUCCCUGGUGGAGAUGGGGAAAUGGCCCACUGCCUGCCUCCCUGCUCUGUCAGAAACCCUGAUCACAUGGGAAUCUGGAGGCUGCCGUGAUCUCCUGCUUGGUCCCUCGUCUCCCCUGUGCCCCCAACUCUGGCUAGUGAGUAUGGGGAAGGAUACGGGUUCUUUCUUCUGAUGGGGAGUGAGGGUCUCCGUCAUCCCUCCCUUGACCCUCAUCUUUUGCCCUUUGCCUUUGGAAAGGUGUCUUUGAAGUCCCUUCCCACCUCUAUGCCACUGUUUGCUUAGCCCAGCUCAGGGGGGUGGGGACGAGAUGGAAGCAAGAGAGGUGAGUGUAGAAGGCAGCCCUUCCUCUGAGCUGGUUCGGGCCCUCCAUGGGGCUGUCAGGGGCAGCUGUGGGGGAGGCUGCAGCGAGAGCUGAGGAGGAGGGUAUGUGUGAUUGGUCAGAAGUGAUUUUGUUGAAAACUGGCCGGUCGGGAUGACUGGGGGAAAGAGGAGUAGUUCCUGCCACUGGCAUUUUGAGUGUUGGCGAGUUGGGAUGCCUCUGGGGACGGCUUGGGGUCUUUGGUGAGUCUCUAAGUGAUUUUGUCUGUUUUCAGAUUUUUCUGUGCUUUCCAUGGUUCUCUAUUGGCUUUUGAUGUUGUAAAAGCAAUGAAUUCCCUUUACAAGAAAAUUUAAAACACACAGAAGUAGGACACAAGACGUCUAUCCCCCUAAUUGCCUCUCUGUAGCAGCGACCACUGUGAGGUGCUCGGGCUGCUCCUGGGGUGUGCAGCGGGCAGAGGGAGAACCCCGCUCUUGCCCCCAUCACACUACCUCGUAGUGUGCUUUACAGGAAUGGCAUCAUGUCUGAUGGAUUGUCCUAUUUACCCCGUUCUCCAGUGUCUCAUUUGGUUCCCAUUUUUUCACUAUUAAAACAAAAGUGCAGAACACAUUGUUGGUAAAAGUACACAUUUUAAAAAAUUAGUAAAAUCUCUCAGUCGCCCCACAUUCUGAAAAACAGGCAAAAACGUGUGAAGACUCAUCAAAGCCUGUGGAACAGCUGCAUGGUGCACCAGAAUUUGUUACCUACAAAAAAAGCCCUGUGUCUGGAAGGUUCAUGCUCCUUUAAGCUGAUCCAGCUUGCCCUGAACCAAUCAUUUUUGAGUAUCUAGGAAUGCAGUCAAUGCAGCUCAGACAGGAAGCCCACAGGCCUGGCUCUG